AUGCACACUUUCGAGACAAGUCAAUGCCACCAGACACAUUGUGCAGUUGAGGCGAGUCACGGUAGCCCAUCUACACGUCUUCGCGCGGAGUUGUGUCUUCUCGCGGCGACAUCCGAAACUCCGGUUGCCCACUUCCCGCUUCCUCGAGCUUGCCCACUUGCGGAUGCACCGGACGGAAGCACAAAACAAAAGCCCAGUUUCAUCCUCCUAGUGCCCAAGUGUGUUUGUCCGCGUGUCCCUGCAUUUGUGUUGUGA